AUGAACCGGAAGUCGGUGUCCUCGCGUAAGUCGAAGAAGGUGACCAACAAGGAGAACAAUGCGAAGGUCCAAGUCGAGUUCUCGCAGAUUGAUGAGCUCAAGAGCGAGAUUCGGGAGAUGCGGCUGAAGCAUGGGCCCAUGCACGCCAAGACGCUGACUCUCAUGAACGACCUGGCGCUGGCGCUGCGAGACAUUGGGAAGUCCUCGGAGGCAGUUCAGCUCUACGAGGAGGUUCACCACGGCUGCAAGAAAGCCUUGGGCGAGUUCCACCCGUAUACGCUGAGCAGCAUGUCCAACCUGGCCAACAUGCUCUUUGAGCUGGAUCGCCUGGACCAGGCCAAGCCGCUGCUGGUGGAGACCUUGCAGCGGCAAUCGCAGAUGAGGGGCGAGAAGCACCUGGACACGUUGCAGACGGCCCACAACUUGGCACUUCUGCUUGAGGAACAAGGGCCCCAAGCGCCGCCCUUCGUGGCGCAUGCGCGCCGAGCCAUGAGCCGCAAUGGCCAUGCCCGUCUGCGGGCUCUGCCCGGCGGAUGGAAAAGCCCAGCUCUGGUGAUGGCGCCUAUGGUGAAGCAGAGCGACCGGGCCUUUCGGCAGCUGCUGAGAAGGUACGGGUGCACCUUGUGCUACACCGAGAUGCUGAUGGCCGAGGACUUCGCCGCGGAGGCGGCGUAUCGCCGCCGCGCCUUGGGGGAGAAGAUCGACGAGGAGGACCACCCUCUCAUCGUACAGUUCGCCGCCCACGACCCUGAGACUUUGCUGCGGGCCGCGCUGCGGGCACAGGAGAUGGGCGCGGAUGGGGUUGACAUCAACCUUGGCUGCCCCCAGCGCCGCGCCCGUGAGGGGAGGUACGGAGCCUGGUUGGCCAACGAUGAGGCCUCCUGGCCGCUGAUCUCCGAGAUGGUCCGGAGGUGUGCGGAGUGCGAGGAGCUGCGGAUCCCUUUGUGCUGCAAGAUUCGGCUGCAGCACACCUUGACAGGCACCAUCAAGUUUGCCAAGCUGCUGGAGGACUCGGGCUGCGCGCUGCUGGCCGUCCACGGCCGGAAGCUGCUGUGCACCAAGAGCAAGCAUCGCGACGGCCCGGCCGACCUGGGCGCCAUUGCCGCGGUGCGCGCGGCGCUGCGCAUCCCGGUGCUCAGCAACGGCAACGUGCGGUGUCCGGGCGAUGUGGUGAAGAACCUGCAGCUGACGGGCUGCGAGGGUAUCAUGUGUGCCGAGCAGCUGCUGAAUGACCCCGCCUUGUUCAGCCGCGCUGAGGGUUGUGAAGCUCCGGGGGCGGAGGAGCUGGUGGACGAGUACCUGGGCUUCUGCGCGGACUUCGGCGCGGAGGACGAGGCGGUCUGCUUCUCCAUCUGGGGCGCCAGCAACGGGCACGUGAUUCGCGAGCACGUGCACAGGAUGCGCUCGCAAAGAGGGCCGGGUUCCUACGCCGCGCCGCCUCCCGCCGGCCAUGCGGAGCCGCUCUACAUCCGCGCCUACGAGGGCCAGAAGUCGCAGCUAGGGGCCAUGAACCCGGUGGUGAUGCAGACGGCAGUGAACCUGGCUGGCCUGAAGCAGGCCCGGGGUCACCUGGAGGAGGCGGAGGCGCUGGACCGGGAGGCCCUGGCGGGGUGCCGGGAGGUGCUGGGGGACGAGAACGCCCAGACCCUGCAGAGCGGCAACUGCCUGGCCAGGCUGCUGCACGAGCAGGGCAUGCUGCAGGAGGCCGAGGAGCUGCUCAAGGAGGUCUUGCAGGGCCGCUUGGCGCUCCUCGGAGAGACGGACCCGGCCACUUUGACCAGCCUCAACAACCUAGGGGGGCUGUACUACACCUGGGGUCGCUGGAGUGAGGCGGAGCCCCACUUCUUCGCGGCGCUGGAGGGGCGCAAGGCGGUGCUGGGGCCGCUGCAUCCUGACACGCUGCAAAGCGCCAACAACUUGGCAUCCCUCUUCCAGGCGCGAGGCCGCUUGGACAAGGCGAAGCCGCUGUUUCGGGAGGCGCUGGAGGGUCGUCGCCAGGUCUUUGGCGACCUGCACCCAGAGACCUUGACCAGCUGCAGCAACCUGGCCUCGCUUCUGCAUUUGCUGAAUCAGCUGGACGAGGCUGACGAGCUCAUGAACACAGCACUGGCUGGCCGGCGAAAGGUGCUGGGUGAGCUUCACAAGGACACUUUGACCUCCAUGAACAACCUCGCGGGGCUCCUGCGGACCCAGGCCAAGCACCGAGAGGCGGAGCGCCUCUACGAGGAGGCGCUGGCGGGCCGGAAGGAGCUGCUGGGGGUGGGCCACAUGGACACGCUGAUGACUGCCAACAACUACGGCCUGUGUCUAAUGCAGAGAGGCGAGCAGAAGGAGGCGGAGGCCACUUUCGUGGAGGUGCUGCGGAAUUGCCGGGAGAGCCUGGGCGACACGCACUCGUACACCCUGACCUGUGCCAACAGCCUCGGCUCUUUGCUCCACGAGGCGGAGCGCUUCGACGAGGCGGAGCCCAUCUUCCGGGAGGUCCUUGCGGGUCUUCGCACCCAACUGGGCGACAAGCACCCAGACACCCUUACAGGCGCGAACAACCUGGCGGUGCUACUGUACUCCAGAGAGGAGUACACUCAGGCCGCGGAGCUCUUCCAAGAAGUGCUCAAUGGCCGAAGGGCACAGCUGGGGGACAAGCACCCGGACACGGCGCAGGCGGCGCGGCAUCUGACGGCGGCCCAGCAGGCGCAGAGGCACCUGGAGACGCCCAACCCCGGCUUCUCCUUCUUGGGCUGCGGGUGCUGCACCAUGGCGAGCGCACCAGUGCCAUAG